AGAAUAUUCUCAAGUGAAGAUUAAAAAAAAAAAACUCUUGCCUUUUAGAGUGUCAUUUUCUGAAUCAGAAGCAGUUCAGCUAACUGGCUCCACUUUCAUAGAUGUAACAGGGCAUUGCCAGUGUGGUGUGAUCUGUAAGGCCAGUUUUCGAAGUAAAUUGCUGGUACCCGGAAUUUCACCAAUAAAGAUGACUCCUUUCAGUUAUGAGUUGCUCUUUUUCUACAAUGUAAAUAUACAGGAAGAGGCAUCAUCACCUUUUGUUAAUACACCUACUAGCACCAUAGCGUGAAUUAUUCCCUCUGGGAUUUGAAGGUCCUUGGUGACUGUAUGUUGUGGGGACAAGUUUCUCUUUCCUGGUAGUUUAGAGAGAGCUCUCUGCUAGGGGACACUGAAUGGAGUUGUAUUGGGAAGAGUGUACAAGAAGGGGGUUUCUGAACAUUUUGACAUUAAAUGAAUGCUAUACAAUUGUGCAAUAUAUGGUAAGAAUCUUAUCCAUUUUGGAAAAUGCUGUAUAAUGAACAGAACUUAACUGCUGCUUAGUGGGAAGAAGUAUUGAGGCAAUGCCUGACUGUGUGACGGGAAGACUGCUGCUUUAUUUUCCAUCCCUCUGUUCAGAUUUCCCAAAAAACAGUGACAGAGGCCCUCAGUGCCGCUGCCCUUUUCUCUGCUCAUGCCUUCUCUUUUGCGAUCUGGUGAAAUCCAGCCUCACCGCUGAUGCCUGGGUAGCUUCUUGGCGACUGUUAUUGAGACAUUUUGAACAUUACCUUCAAGAAGAGCGAGGACAGACAUAAAUAACCUUGAGCACACUGAAUAUAGAUCUUGGCAUAUUGUUGGAACGCAAAACAUGUUGAUUGUGUUCAUUUCCAAGUUCUGCCUAAAGCUUAGUGACAGCCACCUCCAGUAUCAAAAAGUAUUUUACAGAGAUGAUGAGAGCCUUGGGAUACCCUCGACAUAUUUCUAUGGAAAAUUUCCGCACACCAAAUUUUGGACUUGUAUCUGAAGUUCUUCUCUGGCUUGUGAAAAGGUAUGAACCUCAGACUGACAUACUUUCUGAUGUUGAGACGGAACAAGACCGAGUUUUCUUUAUUAAGGCAGUUGCCCAGUUCAUGGCCACAAAAGCACAUAUAAAACUCAAUACUAAGAAGCUGUAUCAAGCAGAUGGGUAUGCAGUGAAAGAACUAUUGAAGAUCACCUCUGUCCUUUAUAAUGCUAUGAAGACCAAAGGGAUGGAGAGCUCUAAAAUAGGAGAGGAUGAUAUCAGCAAAUUCAAGUUUGAUCUUGGCUCAAAGAUUGCAGAUUUGAAAGCUGCCAGGCAGCUUGCUUCUGAAAUCACCUACAAAGGAGCAUCUUUGUAUGACUUGCUGGGCAAGGAGGUAGAGUUGAGGGAACUGAGGACAGAAGCAAUUGCUAGACCUCUGGAAAUAAACGAGACUGAAAAAGUGAUGAGAAUUGCAAUAAAAGAUAUUUUGGCUCAGGUUCAGAAGACGAAAGACCUGCUCAAUAACGUGGCCUCUGACGAAGCUAAUUUAGAAGCCAAAAUUGAAAAGAGGAAAUUAGAACUGGAAAGAAACCGGAAGCGACUUCAGACUCUGCAGAGUGUCAGGCCAGCCUUUAUGGAUGAAUAUGAGAAGAUUGAGGAAGAAUUGCAAAAGCAGUAUGACAUUUAUCUGGAGAAAUUUCGAAAUCUAGCUUACCUGGAACAGCAACUCGAAGAUCAUCAUAGGAUGGAGCAAGAGAGGUUUGAGGAAGCCGAAAAUACUCUCCGCCUGAUGCAGAACAAGCUGAAGGAAGAAGAAAAGCGACUACUCAAGAGUGGAAGUCAGCCAGGAGAGCCCGAAGCUGCCCUAAGUGAUAAGACCGCAUGGAAUUUAUCCCCUCCUGGGAGGCCUGGCACAGGUAAUGAUGACUCGGACAUUGACAUCCAGGAGGAUGAUGAAUCUGACAGUGAACUGGAAGAGAGACGGCUGUCCAAGCCACGGACAGCCAUGGAGGUGCUCAUGCAAGGAAGACCUAGCAAACACAUCGUGGGCACAAUGCAAGGUGGAGACUCCGAUGAUGAUGUGAGUCCCGACCAGGCCCCGUUAGCAGUUGUAUUCUUUCUACGCUUGGGCUGGCCCCGUGACUGCAUUAGCCAGGAAAUGGAAGGAGCACCAGCUCUGUUAGGUAAAUGCGAGACUUCCAGCUCCAAGAAGCAGGAAGACUCGGAGGACAGUGAAAUUGACAUGGAAGAUGAUGAAGAAGACGACGACUUGGAAGACGAGAGCAUUGCUCUCUCUCCAGCUAAAUCUAGCCGAAGGGUCCGGAAACCUGAGCCCCUGGAAGAGAGUGACAAUGACUUCUGACUUUCUUGCCAAGGGACCCAUGCAGAUUAAAACCCUCAGAUUUGUAGGUAAAUGGGAAUUUAAAAGGUUAGAAAGGAAGUAUAUUUUUUUUACUAAGUCAGUUGGACUUAUUGUUACUGAAGUAUUACCUGUUUUUUGCUUUAGCCUCCUAUGUGUUACUCCAUGAAGCUUAAACAAAAACCAGAGCAAACUACAAAGAUGAUUUUUUUUUUGCCUUAUCUCCUAAAAGUGGGAAAUAUGUGUGUGCU